UGUCAUUGACCUGGAGUAGCUGCAAAACCGAAGUCGCCGAAUGAUGAUGUUGUGAAAUCGCCAGUCCGUUCCUGCCACGCCCGGACGGUUACUGGCAGCGGCGGCCGCUUCUGCUGCUCCUCUCAGGCUGCUGCCGCUUUAGAGGCUUCUCCCUGAGCAAGCGGGUGCGAAGGACGGAGGACGCCGGACCAUUCCUGUCAUGACCAUCCAAAGAGUGAUAAUCACAUGAGAGCACUCAUUGCUCCAGAUGUCAUUUGACCAUCAAAAAAAAAAAUCUGUUUAAAAGAAAAUAUCCAUUUGACCAGAACCUUUCUUUAUUGAAUGGCUUGAUGGAUUUCCUUUACUCUGAUUCAAACCAAAGCUGUCCUGCUCAACCAAAACAAGAAAGGAUCUUGCAUGAGUCAAUCCCAGAAUGCCACUUCUACAUCACCGAUGGGUGAAGAAAACCUCAUGAAUAUCAAUCACAGAGACUCAGAGAGCAUCACUGAUGUGUGCUCCAAUGAAGAUCUCCCUGAAGUCGAGCUGGUGAGCCUGCUAGAAGAACAGCUACCCCAGUAUAAGCUAAGAGUGGACUCUCUCUUUCUAUAUGAAAAUCAAGACUGGACUCAGUCCCCACGCCAGCAGCGACAUGGAUCUGAUGCCCUCUCUCCAGUCCUUGCUGAAGAGACUUUCCGUUAUAUGAUUCUAGGCACAGACAGGGUGGAGCAGAUGACCAAAACUUACAAUGACAUCGACAUGGUUACACAUCUCCUGGCAGAGAGGGAUCGUGAUCUGGAGCUAGCUGCUCGAAUUGGACAAGCUCUCUUAAAGCGGAACCAUGCCUUGUCUGAGCACAAUGAAGCCCUCGAGGAGCAAUUGGGACAAGCCUUUGAUCAAGUUAAUCAACUGCAGCAUGAGCUGUCCAAGAAAGAUGAGUUACUUCGAGUUGUCUCCAUUGCUUCUGAAGAGAGUGAAACUGAUUCCAGCUGCUCUACACCUCUUCGUUUCAAUGAGUCCUUUAGCUUAUCUCAAGGUUUGCUGCAGUUGGACAUGCUGCAAGAAAAGCUCAAGGAACUGGAAGAAGAGAAUAUGGUUCUUCGAUCCAAGGCUUGUCACAUAAAGACAGAAACGAUUACCUAUGAAGAGAAGGAACAACAGCUUGUCAGUGAUUGUGUUAAAGAACUUCGUGAAACAAAUGCUCAGAUGUCCAGAAUGACUGAAGAAUUGUCUGGGAAGAGUGAUGAACUGAUUCGUUACCAAGAAGAGAUUUCCUCUCUCUUGUCUCAGAUUGUAGAUCUUCAGCACAAACUUAAAGAACAUGUGAUUGAGAAGGAAGAGCUGAGACUUCACCUCCAAGCUUCCAAAGAUGCCCAAAGACAACUGACGAUGGAGCUGCAUGAGUUACAAGACAGGAAUAUGGAGUGUCUGGGAAUGUUACAUGAAUCCCAAGAAGAAAUAAAGGAACUUCGGAAUAGAUCUGGCCCUGCUGCUCAUCUCUACUUCUCCCAGCCAUACGGGGUUUUUUCUGGGGAAUCUCUGGCGGCUGAGAUUGAGGGGACCAUGCGUAAGAAGUUGAGUUUGGAUGAGGAAUCUUCUCUCUUUAAACAAAAAGCCCAACAAAAACGGGUAUUUGAUACUGUCAGGGUUGCCAAUGACACACGGGGCUGCUCUGUCCCAUUCCCAGCUCUGCUACCCAUUCCAGGCUCCAACCGUUCAAGUGUCAUCAUGACAGCAAAACCUUUCGAAUCUGGUUUACAACAAACAGAGGACAAAACAAUCCAGAAGAGUAACUUGGAGGAAGAUCCAGGGAACGUCCAGAAGGUCUGUCAACCAGGACGCUCUGCAGAGAGCGAUUUGGCUACAGCCCUGCAUCGCCUGAGUCUGCGGCGACAGAACUACUUAAGUGAGAAGCAGUUCUUUGCUGAAGAAUGGCAACGGAAGAUCCAGGUUCUGGCUGACCAGAAAGAAGGGGGAAGUGACUGUGGCAUCCCCACAGAGAGCCUUGCCUCCCUCUGCACUGACCAGUCAGAGAUCACAGACCUGAGCAGUGCCAGUUGCCUUCGAGGUUUUAUGCCUGAAAAAUUGCAAAUUGUCAAGCCCCUUGAAGGAUCACAAACUCUGCACCAGUGGCAGCAGCUUGCUCAACCAAAUUUAGGAACCAUUCUUGACCCACGACCAGGUGUCAUCACUAAAGGCUUUACCCAGUUGCCCAAGGAUGCCAUCUAUCACCUCUCAGAUUUAGAAGAAGAUGAAGAGGAAGGUAUCACUUUUCAGGUUCAGCAACCUCUUCAAGUGGAACAGAAACCUUCAAUAUCCCAGCCAGUAACAGGAAUCUUCUUGCCUCCCAUGACUUCAGCUGGUGGUCCAGUUACAGUUGCAACCUCAAACCCAGGAAAGUGUCUGUCCUGCACAAACUCAACAUUCACCUUCACCACCUGUAGGAUAUUACAUCCUUCUGAUAUUACUCAGGUUACCCCCAGCUCUGACUUCACUUCAUUAUCCUGUGGAAGUAGUGGUAGCAGUUCAUCAAACACAGCAGUGAAUUCUCCUGCUAUGUCCUAUAGGCUCAGCAUUGGUGAAUCCAUCACCAACCGACGAGAUUCCACCAUAACCUUCAGCGGCACCAUGAGCUUGGCCAAACUUCUACAAAAGCGAGGUAUCUCUGCUAAAGCAUACCACAGCCCAGUUUCAGAGGACCCCCUCCUCCAGCCUCUCCCUAGAGGCCUGGCUAUCCCUUCCACGCCACCAAAUUCACUGUCUCACUCACCUUACCCUUCUCCUUUGCCCGUUGAGCCUCGAGUGCAUGUCUCUGAAAAUUUUUUAGCCUCCCGACCAGCUGAAACAUUCCUCCAGGAGAUGUAUGGCUUGAGACCAUCCCGAAACCCUCCUGAUGUUGGCCAGUUGAAGAUGAACUUAGUGGACAGGCUGAAAAGACUGGGGAUAGCCAGAGUGAUCAAGACCCCUGCAGCCCAGGAAAAUGGAAGAAGCCAAGAGGCAGAAAAUGGUCUUGAAAGACCAAACUCUGCUGUCUAUUUAAAUUCAGGUAGCAAUUUAUUGAGUGGACUGAGGAGGAAUCAGAGUCUUCCAGUCAUUUUGGGUAGCUUUGGCACCCCAGUUUGCACAUCAUCACCCAAAAUGGAUAUCCUGAAGGAAGACUGAGGUUCAGCAGUUGACUGACCUCUUACACAAGUUAGCACAUGAAGGAAAGAUUUGCACUGAUACAUGUAGUCUUGUCUGAGAGAAAAGGAAUGUUGCAGAAGGGUUGUGAAUGUGGGAAGGGGAAAGUGGAAGAAUGGAAACAGUAUUGGCAUGAGGUCUGUCUGAUAAAUUGAAAGUAUAAAUGAAUAGGUCGUGAGUGUUUGGA